AUGGAAAGAAAGGGUUACAAACGGCUGAUGGAAAACAUUCAAAACAGAGGACCCAACUUAAAAGUAGUUGCCAUGUACAUAUCAGUAUAUGGCCUGACACAAAAAUAAUUAUCCACAUGUGCAACACCAGUUUGAUGUUUGGCACUUUGCAAAGAGCAUCACCAAAACACUGACCGAAAGGCAAAGAACAAAGAAUGUAGCGUACUUUUCCCCGGGAUCAAGGCCAUCUCUAACCAUC